GUGUGUGUGUGUGUCUCCUCUCUGAGUGUUGUAAACUGUCUGAACUCCAGCUGAAAAGCUCCGGCAGCAGUAGGAAGGAGUAAACGCCGAGCUCGUCCUGGGAGAAGAGCAGCAGCGUGAGCCCCCCAGGAAGCUGACUUUAAACCCAACAUCUUUCCAGUGGGAGGAAGUGGAGACGGGUCGUCCAUCAGAGGAAGACGAUUAAAGUCACAGAGCAGCGUCCUCAGGAUCCACUUUGGUGUUUUUGUGGUGUCCCAAUUCCACAAACCAACGAGACAGAAGUGCAGUGACUCCAUCAGGGGGAUGGCGGUGCCGUACGAGGGACAGUCCUUCUCCGCUCUGAGGAGACAGUGCCAGCAGAAGGGACAUCUGUUCGAAGACCCUCUGUUCCCGACGACCGACCAGUCUCUGUUCUACCACAGCAACCGCAUCGGCAGAGUCACCUGGAAAAGGCCCAAGGAGUUAUGCAGCAACCCACAUCUGUUUGUGAACGGCAUCAGCGCCCACGACCUGAACCAAGGCCAGCUGGGGAACUGCUGGUUCGUAGCCGCCUGCUCCAGUCUGGCCUCCAGAGAGGCUCUAUGGCAGAAGGUGAUCCCUGACUGGAAGGACCAGGAGUGGGACGAGGAGAAGCCGGAGUCCUACGCCGGGAUCUUCCACUUCAGGUUCUGGCGGUUUGGUGAGUGGGUGGACGUGGUGAUCGAUGACCGGCUGCCCACGGCGAACGGCGAGCUGGUGUACUGCCACUCCAAUGACAGCAACGAGUUCUGGAGCGCGCUGGUGGAGAAGGCCUACGCCAAGAUGUGCGGCUGCUAUGAGGCUCUGGAUGGGGGCAACACAGCUGACGCUCUCGUGGAUUUCACCGGAGGCGUGUCGGAGCCCAUGGACUUGACGGAGAACGGGUUCAAGGAAGAUGAAGAGAAACGCAACGAGCUGUUCGAGAGAGUCCUGAAGGUCCACAACAGAGGAGGCCUCAUCAGCUGUUCAAUCCGGGCGACCAGCGCGGCGGACAUGGAGGCCAGGCUGGCCUGCGGCCUGGUGAAGGGCCACGCCUACGCGGUGACAGACGUCCGCAGGGUGAGGCUGGGCCACGGACUGCUGGCCUACUUCAAGUCGGACAAGCUGACCAUGAUCCGCAUGAGAAACCCCUGGGGACAGAGGGAGUGGAACGGGCCCUGGAGCGACGGCUCUGAGGAGUGGAACAAGGUCAGUAAGAGUGAGAGGGAGCGGCUGGGCGUCACCGUGCAGGAUGACGGAGAGUUCUGGAUGACAUUUGAUGACUUUAUCGCAAACUUCACAGACCUCAUCCUGUGCCGUCUCAUCAACACGUCCUACCUGAGUAUCCAUAAGACCUGGGAGGAGGUCGUGAUGCGGGGCUCCUGGCGCCGCCACGACGACCCGCUUCUCAAUCGAGCUGGGGGCUGCUCCAACAACAAGUACUCCUUCCUCCAGAACCCGCAGUACGUGUUUGACGUGGUGAAGCCGGAGGACGAAGUGCUGAUCUGUCUGCAGCAGAAAGACCGCAGAGCCACGCUGAGAGAGGGACGAGGGGAGAACCUGGCGAUUGGCUUUGACAUACACAGGGUGGAGUUAAACAGGACCUACCGCAUGCAUGUCACCCAGAAGAAGGUCGGUGGGAGCAUCUACAUCAACUCAAGGUCUGUGUUCGUACGCAUCGACCUGACGGAGGGCCGGUACGUCAUCAUACCCACCACCUUUGACCCUGGCCUGGAGGGAGACUUCCUGCUGCGCAUCUUUACAGACGUCCCCUCGCACUGCAAGGAGCUGACUCUAGAUGAGCCUCCACGGACCUGCUGGUCCGGCUUGUGCGGUCAUCCCUCUCUGGUCACUCAGGUCCACAUACUGCAGGCUAAUGGACUCGCAGGACAAGACUCUGAUGGAGCAUCAGACCCCUACUUGAUAAUCCGUUGUGAAGGAGAGAAAGUUCGCUCUCCGGUCUUUAAAGACACACGCAGCCCCGUCUUCGACACCAAGGGGCUCUUCUACAGGAAGAAAGCCAACAAGCCAAUCAGCAUCGAGCUCUACAACCACAACGUGUUGAUGGAUUCCUUCCUGGGUCAGGUGACGUUGCCAGCUGAGCCAGGUGAGUUCCAGCAGACGCUCCACCUGAGGGACAAGGGUGAUCGCCGUGACAACGACCUCCCCGGAACCCUCACGGUCGCCAUAGUAACCAGCACGGUGCUCACUAACGUCUGAGAGGGACCACGCCCGUCAGAUCAGAGGGGUGUGCUACGAAGCAGCCAGGCUUCCUUUGCAUGAGUGGGCUCAGCGAUGAAGACGAAACAAAACGGGACGGGAAUGCAGGCAGAAAACUUAUCGUGUCAAAUUGUAAGUUCAUAUCUUUAUUUUAUCACUAAAUGCACUGUCCACGCCUCCCGAUUAUGUCUAACAUGACAGCUGCGCAGCUCAUAAGCUUUAAACUCGAAACAGCACAUUUAAACAUUUUACUCAAGAGUUGCAUGUUUGUCCCAUAAGUGGGACGAUCACUUUAGCUUGUUGCCAGAUCAAAGUGAUUUGAUGAUGCCAACCCAUUAAUAUUGCUUCAUAGUACACCCCCUGUUGCUCUUUUGUUAAAGUUUACCAAAUUAUCCAUGUACCACAAAACUUCGGAGGAACUCGGAGGAAGUGAUGAAAAAUGUAAAAACAAGAAAUCUGAUUCUCUUGCUGAAUUUUAGGCUGAAGCCCAAACGUGUGCGUUUACAGAAGGAUGUGCUGUACCUGCACUGAACGAUCUGAAUACCGCGAACAUACCGUAUAUAUCGUCUGAGAGAGCUAAAGAUUUCUAACUAGCUUAUAAAUAUCGUUUACAGUUUUUGGGUGACCUUUUCCUCUGAUUGGAUGUCAUGUUAUGUCUUUUAACUUCUUACAUGUUUACAAUUUUUCUAAUUUUUAAUCCACACUCUGACUGUAGUUGAUCAAAUAAAAGUCAGGUCUGUAAUAAUGUCUGUGUCCAAAUAUACUGUGUACAUGACAACUAUGCAUAAUGUAUAUUUAUAUCACUUACAUUUAAUACUCAACAAUAUAUUACUGCCAUUUUCAUCUACGUGUCAUUCUGGAUUAUUCAUCUGAAGUGUUAUUGUCUGAUUGCAGUUUUGCCAACCACAGUUUGUAGUAACAUGCAAGUGCCAGUAGAUGGCAGUAGCUACAUUUCAGCUGCCAUAAUGGAACCUUGCAAGUCAGUGACUUUUCCACAACACGUUUCUGCAAAUGUUUCACAAUAAAAGAAAGUCCUGUGAAUAAA